CAGCCAAUAGCCAGCGCCGUAACGGAACCGCGCAACCGCCGACAGAACCGCGGCGAUCGCCGAGUGGACAUUUAAAUGUCCGCGUUACUUUGAAACGAAAGAAAUUGUAAUUUUCGUUUUUAAACAAAUACAACGUUUUUUCAGUUUGCGACGAUGAACGACGACGCAGUUGUGACCGAGAAAAAGGACGUAUCCAAGGCAGAGAUUGUCCUCUCAUUCUCCCAAGUGGAGUCCCUUGCCACACUGACUCUGGAGGAGGUGCAGACGCAUCUGGCGGAGAUGCUGCACUUGCGUGAGCACGAGACAUCCCUGCGCGAGGCGGCAUUGCUGGAUGUGUACGUGUCGGCCUAUCGCUGGGCUCGUGAACACGGAUUCUCAUCGCAGCAGAUCCUCUACGUUGUCACCCUCUUGCACACUCUGCUGCAGAACAUAGAAGAGAGGCGAAUGAAGCUCGUGGAAAAUUUGAAGGCAUGUUCACGGCAACUGGUGGGAGUUGGCUGUGAUGACUUGGCGUGUCUCAGCCUGGAGCAAGGAAAGCUUGUACUAGGUUACCUAACCACCAGUCUUUUCCAGCACUACAGACUAUAUGAAUUUGUCUUCACACAGCCACAAGAUGUGGUGAUCAUUGACUCGCAAAUUGAGGUGGAGAUGUUGGAGAUCAACCAGAAACCCUUCCCAUUGCCACUGGAAGAGGGCAUUGAUGCGGACAUAUACGAACGCUACAUGUGUCCCCGAGCUGAGUUAACGGAGAAUGCAGAGGAGCCCAUCGUGGAAGAGGCCGAGGAGGAAGAGAGAAUGGCUGACCCCCCCGCCGAUUACCCGAGCGGCGAUGACCCCCUCCGUGGUCACACAUUGGCAGAGGUCAGAACUACCCUGGAGGAGGUGGCCGCCGAGAUGAUCGGUGAACUUCAGGUGGCGGUGUCUGAAAAGUUGAAAUUGCAAGAGGAGACGUACAAGACUCGCUUGGACAAACUGCGUCAAGUAGAAAUGGCAUAAUGGGCCUCGUAAUUCAUUUAUUAUGAGCGCAAUGUUCAAUGCAAGUUACUUUUAGAAUGGUCUAUGCACAUACAGUGACAAUAUACAUUUUACGUAAAUGGUAGUCAACAUUGUAAACAUUUGCAUUUUAAACAUUGGCGAAUGCUUUAUUUGACUGUAGAAAAUGUGUAUGUUUUGUAUUUAGUUUAGAUUUGAAAUAUUCUUAAGCAACUGCACUCUAUUUUCAUAAAAAUAAUUUCUUAGGUCACCAUAAAACAUUGCUUUAUAACCCACUUCAACCCCAUAAACACACACCUGUAAGUUAAAAUGUAAUCACAGUGCAUGCAUAAAAAGUAUAAUUAUGGUUUCGCAACGUCCUUUAACGAAAUUACAGCCUAUUGAGAAAUAUGUUUUCUCAUAAGGCUGACCUAAGUGCCACAGUUACAAAUGAACGACGGUACAGUGAUAUAGUCAUUCUAAUUGAGUCUCAUGUAAAGGUUAAUAAAUAAAAUAAAAACUAUGAUAAAAAA